UGACGCAGCUCUCACUCAGCACCGACAAACAGAAGUCUGUGGGGUUCGACUGCGGAAGAAAACUGAACACAACCAACACCGAGUGACUAUUCCAACCGACCGCUCCAACUCACAACUGUCUUUGUUUCACACAUUCACCACAGUCCGUCGGCACGUGCUCGCACUCGCUCAUUUCACUGCCUUGCAAAGACUUUAAGCCCUUGCUGCUAAAAAGAAAGAAAAAUACAUAACGGACAGAUAAAGCAAAUUAACGAACAAGGGUUUGGGUGAAAUGUACGCCUGGUAUCACUGUCUUUUAAGGAGGGUGUCCAACACAGAGCUGUAGUUUCUCUUCAAGAGGCGAGGAAUGCAAUCUGAGCAUCAAUGUUUCACUGGGGCAAGUGGAAGAAGAGGAUGGGAGCCAAUAGUUCUUCAAAGAGACCAGUUUUCGACGAGAAGGAAGAUGUAAACUUUGACCACUUCCAAAUAUUGCGGGCCAUUGGGAAAGGGAGCUUUGGAAAGGUAUGCAUUGUGCAAAAGAGGGACACCGAGAAGAUGUACGCCAUGAAGUACAUGAACAAACAGCAGUGCAUAGAGAGAGAUGAGGUCCGAAACGUCUUUAGAGAGCUUGAGAUCCUACAGGAAAUUGAACAUGUUUUUUUAGUAAAUCUCUGGUACUCGUUCCAGGAUGAGGAGGACAUGUUCAUGGUGGUGGACCUCCUGCUGGGAGGAGAUCUGCGCUACCACCUACAGCAGAACGUCCAGUUCAGCGAGGACGCAGUCAAACUCUACCUCUGUGAGAUGACACUGGCGCUGGACUACCUGCAGAGCCAACACAUCAUCCAUAGAGAUGUCAAACCAGACAAUAUCCUAUUAGAUGAACAAGGUCACGCUCACCUGACAGACUUCAACAUAGCAACGAUAAUAAAGGACGGAGAGAGAGCCACAGCAUUAGCCGGAACCAAGCCCUACAUGGCCCCAGAGAUCUUCCAGUCCUUUGUAAGUGGCGGUACGGGCUACGCUUUUGAAGUAGACUGGUGGUCAUUGGGAGUGACAGCCUUCGAAGUGCUGCGUGGAUGGAGGCCCUAUGACAUCCAUGCCAGUAACUCAGUGGAAUCCUUGCUCCAGCUCUUCAGUACAGUCAGUGUCCAGUACAGUCCAGCCUGGCCCAAGGAUCUGGUGUCCCUUUUGAGGAAGCUACUGACGGUGAACCCAGAACACCGUUUCUCCAGCCUAUCUGAUAUGCAGACAUCUCCGUACCUCGCUGACAUUAACUGGGACGCUGUGUAUGAGAAGAAGAUGGAGGCUGGAUUUGUUCCCAAUAAAGGUCGUCUCCACUGCGACCCCACCUUUGAGCUAGAGGAGAUGAUCCUGGAGUCACGUCCGCUUCACAAGAAGAAAAAGAGGCUGGCCAAGAACCGCUCUAGAGACAACAGCAAGGAUUCACAGUCUGAGAACGACUACCUACAGGAGUGCCUUGAAGUGGUGCAGCAGGAGUUCAUGAUCUUCAACCGUGAGAAGUUGAAAAGGCGUCAGGAGGAGGGUCAGCUUGAGGCCGGGGGUGACGAUGCAAGUGGAGAUGGGGAUGGAGAGGCGGAAACCGCUGCCACCGAUGAGGAUGCUCCCGAACCGGAACUGCAGCCCGAUCCCGAGCCAGAGCCCGAGUCGUCCUCCAAACUGAGCAUGUGCGGCUCCGUGUGCUCCUCCCCCGGCAGCUGCUAGCACCACAUCGCCUCACAAUGACGAUGGCGGGCCUCUCUGGCCACUGCAGAGUUUGUGCCAUGCCGACUGAUAUAUUCUCACCUCUCUCCUCUGUUGUAGCCUAGAUCGGAGGAAUUGCACAGUGGGGGUGACUUGAUGCACAGCAGGACGCUAAAUGGCUCCCACAAUGUCCCCCUCUCCUUUUCUUUCUGUAGCAUCCUUUUGGUAAGGCAUGAAUGAAGCAGAGUCUCAGAGAGUCCCUGCCCCCUGUACCCACCCACCCUAGAGUAAGCUCUAACUUCUAUGCAAUGUAACAUUAUAGCAUGACAAAUAAGGUAUCACUUACUAUGUGUCAUUCAUAAACAGAAGCAUGCCAAUUUCCUGAGCAAUAGCAGUUCACUUUUUUUUUGGGAGAGGGGGGGUAGUGUUCUGUUGGAUGCACCUCUCUUUUUUCCCAGCCUCUCUAUUCCAGAUCUGACGGGGUCAAAUGAAUUAUUCAGCACACCAAGGUUAUCAGUUUAUGUUAUUGCCUAUGUCUUCACUUCCCUCUUCCGGUGCCCUAAUUUGGGGCAAAUGUUUUUCACUUUUUCCUGGAGCGCCUUCUUCCUGUUGCAGCAUCAUUUCAGAGACACAUUUACAGUAAGUGAUAAGGGCCGGUUUCAUGUUGUAAACCUGUUUAAAGUUGUGCCUGUUGAUGAUAAUCAGUAUUAGUCAAAUCAUAUUGUAACCAUGGAUGCAUCAUAGGGUCAGGAUUUUCCUUAGUGUUAACCAGCUGUUUCUUUUUUCCAACGUCUUUAUCAUGAAAAGGUAAUGUAAUUAAUCUGAUAUCAGUACAGCAACCACUCUUGAAGAUUUUGCUUGUCUAUAUCUUCAUCGAUUAAGAAGACCUGCACAAUUUUUUGGCCCUGUUCCGUGCUCUGACCCCAAGAACAUGCAAGACUCAGUUUUGGGGAUAAAUAUUAGCAUUGUCAUUCUUUAAGAAUUUAUGAGAAAAGUGCUCCACUUGGUUUCAUCUUUUUAAGUGCUUGGUUAGAAAAAAAAAUCUCUCUGUAGAGCUUGAUUUGGAGCUGUGCUUAGUUUGUAGCUGUUGGUACUUCAGACUAAAUAGAAAAGCUAGUCUUUGUCUUAAUUAUAUUGGUAUAUUUAAGGUGGUACCGUUAAUCUCAGUCUUAACACCUGGGAAUAUGUAGCAAAAGACCACCUUAAAAUCCUACGGCCUAACAAAAUGAAAACCGUGUAAAUAACAUUCAAUGUAGGUAAUUAAACUCACCACAGUUUUAUGUGGGACUGCAAACUCGACGUAUAAACUUAAGGAAGACCUGUAUGAAGCUUCACACAGCUUCAUUCUACUCUUCUUUCCAAGUGUGCAGGCACAACUUGUAGGCAAAUAUGCCAAAGCUUUUCUAACAUUUGCAUAACCAUUUCUAAGGAACUCUGAGUGUGUGAAUGUAUGUUUAUUUUUUGCCUGUAUAACAUGAAGUCCUUUCCUUCUACAGAUACUAUCAUUUAUAUACAAUCAUAAUGUGAUUACGUAUAAACUGUCAAUAUCAGGUAAAAAGGGACCUUAAAGUUAUGGUGAGACAUAUUGCGAAAUACACCCAAUUGGUGUCUUAAAAAGAAUUAAAUACGAAGAUUGAUACCACUCUAGUGUCUGUGUGUUGCUAAAUGUCAGGUUGGGCUAAUCGCAUAAGUCUCUUGGUACUAUUUGAAAAACUACAGCUAGGAAGUCUUCAGUGGCUUACAUAAAUGUUGAUAAUAGAUAUAGAUGCAAAAACUGCAGCUUUUAGCCUCUAUGUUAUGCUAGGCUAAAGUGAUCAACCAGACUUGGCUAAUUACAUUAGUCUAGCUUUCAAUUAAAACCAGCAGCACAGGAAAAUGAACUGCUAAGAUGUGUCCAAAGUUUAAAAUUAGUUUACUGUUAUUCUAUCUGUCUAACAAUGUGGUUUUUUUUUUUAGAAAACACUUAACUGAAGCCCUUAUUCUGGAGAAAACAGGUUGUUUGUUGAGAUGGCACACAAAGUAAUACAAUUAGCACAAGCUAAUUUAGUGUAGGAUUAUACAUAUAUUCAGUCAUUUUCAAAUAAAAUGAAAAAUGGAUGAUGUGUUCAUUAGUGAGCUUUAGUGGGGAGGCAGGUUGAUAGUGUGGGGGAGCCAGUGAUGAAGAAGCUACACCAGCUACAUCUCAACACUGCAAGUUGCUAAUCAUUAAAGUUAGA